UUUCACUUCAGAUGGGGAGAGAUGGCUCCUACUCUGGAGGACGUGUCACUUUUGCUCGGACUACCGUUGGCAGGUCAUGCCGUAGGACCGUUGGACGCACCGGCUGGUUGGGAGCGAGCUCUUACACAACGUUUUCAUGGUGUUUUUCCGGAUGCUCCGGAUCCGGUAUGGGAGCAUCACGGACCUAAGUAUGAGUGGUUGCUAAAUUUCCGGAUCCAGAACUUCCGGGCGCCGUUGACUGCGGAACAGAUCACUCGGAGCCUGGAGGCCUACUUACUGUGGCUUUUCGGCAAGGUGAUGUUCACGGAGAACCAUGUCACCACUAUUAGCACCCUCUACAUCCCUAUGGCACUCGAGAUAGCGAGCGCUCAGACGGCGGAUCAGAUCAGACAGAGGAGUUGGGGUUCGGCGGUCUUAGCGGCUACAUACCGAGGUAUGUGCAACGGUUGCCAGCUUACAUCGAGAAAGCCAGCCCUUCUUGGAUGCCCUCUAUUCCUACAGCUGUGGUCGUGGGAGAGGUUCUCUAUAGGGCGACCAGAUGUACGUGUUCAUGAGCCUAUAGACGCCAUGUUUGAUGUUGACGGCAUCGACAUGCCUACUUUCGGUCUGUGUUGGACACGUCGCGAGAGACGCUUUGCUAGUGAUCAGACCAGGAAGGCAUACACAGCAUUGAACGAGCAGUUCGAUGCGUACACCGGGGUCAUCUGGCAGCCCUACACGGAAGCAGCCAUACAAGCGAGAUACCCUGGUGGUAUGUCUGUGCUAUGCACAAGGGACCGAGAUUACUGGAUGACAAAAUCUAAGAUCAUCUUCGAUGUCUUCGUCGAGGAGAUGGCACAACAGAGGGUUAUGAGGCAAUUUGGUCUUUUGCAAUUGGAGCUACCUCCCCCUAUAGAGAACCCGGUGCCAGCACACAUCCACGGGUAUUAACCAGUUUUUCAAUGUUGCAUUAUCUUUCAUAGUACUCCAUUCGAAGCUUUAGGUAAUUGUUGAACACACGCCACAAUUUUAGGACGACAAGGAAGGGCAUGACCAGGACUACUGCUGACUGGCUAGUUAGACUAGAGCCGUAUGUUAUAGAAUGGGAGACAGCAAACACAAAUCUAUGGCACGAGAAUCACAAUUUCGAUCUCGAUGAAUUCAAUCUCUAUUUGCGGCGCUACAUGACCGGAACACGGUUACGCAUUGUUGAGUACUCCCACCCAGAGGAGAUACCAGAUCCUACUCCGUCGGAUAUGUACCCGAGCUAUGAUACUUCGGGCUCUAGGCAGUACGCGGUAAGAUAUAUUUUCUUUACGUAAUGUUGUCACAUACUUUGACGUGCAAGAGACAGACAUUAUUAAUCGUCAUGGAAAUUUGCAGGCUACCUUGACACGCGAACUCUACGACGACGUGACCACCUUUGGACGAUCACUAUCGUCUGGACCUCUUCUUCAGCAUCGUCCAGUGCUACAACCCUUCUUUGAAAGAAUUCAGAAUAAGAUACGGACUGUGUACGAGGCUAUCACGUGCACCCGGAGAACCGAUGUUGUUCAGCACCAGCAGGAGCAGCCGCGUCACUCCAUGCACCGACAUCAACCACGUCCACGUCUAGCACAUCAGCCGACAACCAGGCCACCCCGUCCUGACCAACCUGGCAGUUCUACGUGGCACCCACAACACUAUGGUCCCACGUCGAGCUUCGUGUUUUCUCCACAGCCACAGCAACACGGUCCCUCGUCGAGCUUCGUGUUAUCUCCACAGCCACAGCAGCACGGUCCCUCGUCCAGUUUCGUGUUUGAGCCAGAGCGGACGUCACAGCCAGCAGGUAUGUGUCUUCAUAUUUAUUGUUUUCAAUAUUAAUUGACGCGACCUCAUUCUUCAUGAUGAAACGUUCCAUCGCGUAGGAGCCUAUGGAUAUCAGGCGUC